GAAGAACAUGCUUCUCACAGUCAAUAGGAGAAGAGCUCAGGUUGGCUUGGAAGCAGAAGGAGAUUUCCUGUCCGCCAGCCCAUCCAGACUUAAAAAUGAUCCAAGCUCUCUUGGUAGCUAUAUGCUUAGUGGUUUUUCCAUAUCAAGGGACCUCUAUAAUCCUGGAAUCUGGGAAUGUUAAUGAUUAUGAAGUAGUGUAUCCACAAAAAGUCCAUUCAUUGCCCAAAGGAGAAGUUCAGAACGCUGAGCUAGAGGUAAGAAAAGGAUCUCGGCAAAUUACUUCUUGCCAGCCAACAGAGUUUUUUCAACGAAGAUACUUGCUGGCCCCAAAAUACAUUGAGGUUUUCAUAGUUGUGGACAACGUAAUGUUCAGGAAAUACAAGAGCAAUGUAACUGCUAUAAACACAAGAGUAUAUGAACUUGUCAACACUUUAAAUAUGAUUUUCAGAAUUCUGAAUAUUCAUCUAGCACUGAUUGGCAUAGAAAUUUGGUCCAACGAAGAUCAGAUUGAUGUGCAACCAGCGGCAAGUGUCACUUUGGACUCAUUUGCAAGAUGGAGAGAAACAGAUUUGCUGCCACGCAAAAGGAAUGAUAAUGCUCAGUUACUCACGGGCAUUAACUUCGAUGGACAAACUAUAGGAUUGGCUUAUUUGGGCACCAUCUGCCAGUCAUAUAAUUCUGUAGCAAUUGUUCAGGAUUACAACAAAUUCACAGGUAGUGUUGCAUCUGCAAUGGGCCAUGAGAUGGGUCAUAAUCUAGGCAUUGAUCAUGACACAGCCUCCUGUAUUUGCCAACCUAACGCAUGCAUUAUGUCUCCAGUGCUACAUGAUGUCCCUCUCUAUGACUUCAGCUCUUGUAGUGUUGAGCAAUACAAGACGUUUCUAACUUCAAAUCUCCCAGAAUGCAUUCUCGACAAACCCUUGAAAACAGUUGUUGAUGCACCUGCAGUUUGUGGGAAUUACUUUGUGGAGAUGGGAGAAGAAUGUGACUGUGGCUCUCCUGAGGAUUGUCAAAGUACCUGCUGUGAUGCUGCAACUUGUAAGCUGAAACCUGGGGCACAGUGUGACGCUGAAGAGUGUUGUGAGCAAUGCAGAUUAAAGAGUGCAAGAACAGUGUGCCGGCCAGCAAAGGAUGACUGUGACGAGGCUGAUCUCUGCACUGGCCGAUCGGCUGAGUGUCCCACAGAUAGCUUCAAGAGGAAUGGAGAACCAUGCCAAAACAACCAAGGUUACUGCUACAAUGGAAAAUGCCCCACCCUGCAUAAACAAUGUCUUGCUUUAUUAAAGAAUUCACCAGAUGCAAACGUGGCUCCAGAUGAAUGUUAUAAUAUAUAUAACCAAGGAAGGAAUGACGAAGGCUACUGCAGAAGGGAAAAUGGUGUAAAGAUUCCAUGUGGACCACAGUAAGCAAUCUAAAUUAUUUCCUUCUUUGAUG